UAUAUAACGGCUGAAAUUCAAAAUGGUGGCAAAGUUUAUAUGACAAUAUUUGAUCUCUAUAACAAUCGAUUUAAGUGAUAUGAAGAUGUAAUUUCUGAACUAAGAUAUAUGAUUGUCGUACUCUAAGGAAAUAUUUACCAAACUGAAAUAACAAGUUGUUGUGUGGAGUCGACUCUAACGAUCAGCCAUGGUUAAGAUCAAGCAUUUCCUAAGCAACAUCAUGCCGACUAACUACAGAGGUCAAAAGUAUUCGUCGAUCCGGAGCGAGCACGUUAAAGCCGGAACGCUGUUUGAGGACCCGGAAUUCAAAAUCAACAACAAAUCACUAUUCUUUAGUAAGAUUGAUCAAGAUAUCGAGUGGAAAAGACCCAGGGAGCUGUGUAAGGUACCUAAGCUGGUGGUCGAGGGGGUCAGUUGUGAUGACCUCAACCAAGGGGAGUUGGGGAACUCCUGGUUUGUCACCGCAUGCGCCAGCCUCACUCUGGAAAAGAAACUGUUUGAACGGGUGGUGCCUAAUACGAAGGAGCAGGACUGGAAUGAGCGGGAGGAGAAGAACACGUAUGGUGGUGUGUUCCACUUCGUGUUAUGGCGGUACGGGGAGUGGAUUGACGUCGUAGUGGACGAUAGGCUGCCAACCAAGAACGGCAAGCUGGUGUUCUGUCACUCCAAGUCCCGCAACGAGUUCUGGUCCGCUCUACUGGAAAAGGCGUACGCCAAGUUAUAUGGGGAUUACGAGUCCCUCAACACCGGACGGACGGCUGACGCACUGGUAGACUUUACCGGUGGGGUGGCGGAGAAGCUUGCAAUGGCGAGAAUUAACAUUGACGACAAGAACAUAAAAAAGCAGUUGUUUCUCAAGCUGAAGGACGCAAGCGACAACAGAGCACUCAUGAACUGCAAUAUAGAUUGUCAGAGGACGGAGGUUGGCAAGGAGACCCCCCAGGGUUUGGUUCUGGGUCACGGUUACAACAUCACAAAGGUGGCUGAGAUUGUUAUAGAUAAGAAACUGCAGGGCGCGGUGGGGAGUCCUGUUCUCAAUAUGGUCCGAAUGGCCAACCCCUGGGGAACCAUGGAGUGGACAGGCGCCUGGUCUGACGACGCUCCAGAAUGGAACAAAAUCAACCGAUCUGAAUGGCACAAACUUGGUUUGAAGUUUGAACAGGAAGGCGAAUUUUGGAUGAACUUUGACGACUUUGUUGUAAAUUUUACAAAUGUUGACAUAUGUCACUUUGUAAACACUGCCAUAUUCAGCCUAAAGAAAUCCUGGAAUGAAUGUGUGUUUCACAGCGAAUGGACAUAUUCCGGUAGAAACGGUGGGAACGACUACAAUAGCCCCACCUUCCUUAGUAACCCACAGUACGUAUUUGAUGUUGCCGGUAUGAGUGACAACGUUAUGUUCUCACUAGAACAACAGGACAUCGUUCAUGGUCAAGAAUCCGGCCGCAAACUCAACCACAUCGGCUUCCAGGUGAUGAAGGUAGAAGAAAAUCGAAAAUUCAGAGUCCAUAUACCUGGAGAAAAAAUGUACUGUUCGGAAUACAUCGCCGAUCGUAGUAUAUAUGGCAUAAUAAACUUAAAGAAAGGGCGAUACGUUGUGUUACCCACGACCACAGACUCUAAAGAGUUAGGUCCAUUUAUGCUGCGGAUGUACACUGGCAGCAAAGCCUCAGGAAGUGGCAAGUUUGCAUCACCAAGGGAGCUUGACAAGGAGUGCCCGUCUGCCGGCUGUCCUUGUACGGCCAACGCUAAACUCGUCACCACCCUUCAUGUGACGGGCGCAGAAGGACUGGAGCUCCCUACCGGUUCAAAGGUCAAAACAAUUGACACAUUCGUCAUUAUUAAAUGUGAAGGCGAGAAAGUGACGUCACAGACCUGUGCUAACACAGCCAAACCGAGCUGGGAAAUCAAGACUACCUUCUAUAGGAAAAAGCCCGAGGAACCCAUCCUGGUGGAGGUGUGGAACGACAACGUGCUCAUAGACGACUGCCUGGGGGAGGCUCGCGUGUCGGAGGAAGGAUCUGAGGAAGGGGACAUAACAACUGUUGACAUCAUGGGCAGAAAGAAAGAAAAGGAAAUCCAUAAAGGCAAACUCCACAUUUUUAUACGUUCAAGUCACGAUCUACAGUAUUUGUGAAGAUUGGAUGGAUGUUGUUAUAUCUAUAUUUAUUAUCAAUCUGAGGAUUGGGACUAUCUGUUAAAUAUUAGGUCUUUUCACAAUCAAGUCAGUUCUGUUGUGGAGCAGUCAGGAGAUAGACAUGUUUGAAAAUCAUCCAAUACGUCUGUUUUAGAAGACAAUUUUGGCGUGCUAAAUCCUCUCCGUCAAAGCCACAUAAACUAUAACCAUGCAGGGUACGUACGAUUCUUAUAGUAUCUUAUAUAUAUCACUAGUUUAUAUAAGAAGCAUAGUUCCACCAGGUGUUUACACUUAACAAAUGGUUGUAAUAUGUGAUCUUGAUAUAGAUAUAAUCUUCACCGCAAGCACGGAUUACAUUAUCAUCUUUAUCAUAUGAGAGGUCUGUUUCUAAAAGUGCACCUUGUGAACAAUUUCAGUGUAAAGGAAAGCUCCUUUACAUCAGAAAACCUUCAGCCUUAAUACUUUCCAAAAAUUGUUUAGUACUUAUGAAAUCUGAAAAGUAUUUUGAUGAGAACCGGAUCAUGUUCUUUACUCUUCCCACGUUGCCAUUAAUGCUAUAUUCAGACUGAGCCAAAACACCAAAAUGAUUUGCUGACCCAAGCAGAUUCAAGAAGAUCUUUAUCUUUCAUUUUUUAUUGUAUUUUCCUUUUAACGAUAGCGAGACCUGGCGAAAGGCUUUAAAUUAAUAGAGAGUGUAUAUUUUAAAGUGUCUGGGCGUGCUACCAGGUGUUUUAUCAAUUGAACGGCAUAAUCCCAUAGAAAAGUAUGAAUUUAUUAUUUUUGUAGGAAAACCACCAUAACCUAACAUAGGCUUAGAUACUAAUUGAAAAUAACUUCAGAAUUUAAAAAUUUAUCAGAUGAAUGAAUUACAUGUGUUUAUGUGGCACUCAAUAAUUAGACAAAAGUCGUUUAACCCUUUCACACAUAUGGAACUUUAAUAGACUCUUCCAUACAUUUAAAUGGAUGAGUCCAAUAUGGAAUACAGUGGUGAAGGACACUGAAUAAUAUCUAUAUCUUCAGUAGACAUUCUCUGAUGCAUAUACACUUACUAAUGAACAAUAGAAUGCUGAAUUCAGUUACAUAGUAUAUUAAAUACUGUAGCCUAUGUGAUAACACUGUAUAUGAAUGCGUUUCUGUAGAUACUGAUGUAUGUGUAUAUAAUAGCAUAUACAAUACCUAAAGAAUUCAUCACUUUAUCAUAUGUGAUAGUAGUGUAUGGUUGCGUCUCUGUAGAUAAUUAACUGAUACACACAAUGUAUACAACUUAAGUCCCUAUCACUGGUCAUUGUGUGAUGGGGUGUUAUGUAAAGGUAUUUGUACUGUAUUGCUUUGUUUCUGUAAAUAACACAUUCAUACAUAUGCUCACUAGUUUAAAUGGAAAAACAAACUUAUUUUAUUGGUUGUUUUAUAAAUAGUUCUGUUGUGUUGACCUAUCAAAUCUUCAUUUUUCAUAUUACUUUGAUUGCAGAUUCCGUCCAAUAAUAUAUUGAAAAAUAUUGAAAAUAUAUUUAUAGUAACUGUUUACACAUAAUUAUGUUAUUUUUUUCUACAAGGUAACUUAUCAGAAAAUCGUGAGAGAUAUUGCAAUUUUACAAUAUUUGAUAUAAACUUUCCAUUUCAUAUGUACUAUUGUAUUGAUACAGUAACAUUCUUAACUCUUUCUCGAUUAUAAAGCUAUUUCUGUGAUAAAUCUUGGAUAAUUCUCAUUGUAAACUUUACAAAUAUUAUAUUUUUUUAUUACUUAGACACGAGUGUAUAUAUAGUAUGUGUCUAUUGUUUAAGUCCACCUGACCACCUGACCACCUGACCACCUGACCACUUGACCACUUGACCACCUCUAUUAUGCGACCGUUCAUGUUUAGAGACCACUUUUACCACUCCCCAUUGUAGAGAUAUCAUUGUGAACCGAACUUGCAUCAAGAGGCCACUUUGAAUUCUCCGGAGAUAGGUGAAGGUGGUCUCUUAAUAUUGGUAUGACUAUAGUAUUUAAUUCACGAGGGUUUGUUUGCCUUUUGAAAAAAAAUGCGAGUUUUAAACUGAACUCAUUUUCAACCCGCUUUACUAGAAUAAGGAUUAAAGGAAAGUUUUCAACAUCCAUGCCAGGAUGAUCGCGAAUCGGCUACGACAAUAUUUCAUAUAGUCCGAGGAUUUUAUAUUAAAUAUUGAUGUAGAGUAUUUGCAUUCAUGCCGUCAUGAAUAUUAAGGGAACUCCGUACAUUAAGUGUAUUUACUUGUAUAGGAUUAUUAGAUAUAUUAAUAUAACUUCUUUCAUAGUUUUGUUCUUUAAGUUUCUGUAACGUCAGUCAAAACGACAAUCUGGGAAAAUCCUAACGUAAAAUUGAAAACUGAACUGACUUGCAUUAUUCGAGGCAGAAGGGUCAAAGUGAUACCUCUAUGAUUACACUCUCUUCUCUGGCAGUCGUUACACGGACUCGCUGUGAAAAUGCAAAUUUUCAUGUGUGUUGUACAUUAUUUUGUUAGAAUCUGUAGUUUGUAUUUAAAUGCAAAUUUCUUUAAAAAGACAUAUACAACAUACGUACUUAAAUUGAGAGGCCGUUAUUCCCUUAUGUAACAAUGUAUCACUGUGCAUCUGGGAAAUUCGAGUAGUAUUUUAUGUGAAUCUAUGGGGAGGUGAUUGCGCUUGACUGGAAUGAAGAUUUGCAGUCGGAUCAUGUUCAAAGCACGCCAACACGCAUAGAUUCGCAUAACUCAUUAGUAAUUUGAAUAUAUGCAAAUUGGAAAGGAUCCAUGUUUACCAGAUUUCAGGAGCUUUUUCAAGUAAUCUGAUAGAAGCAAUAAUUAUAAUGUUGUGUGCAUUAUGUCAAUGCGAUAAUUUUAAAUCCCAAAACUUAUUUUUGUUGUCGUUAAAUUAUCAAAUACUACAAAAGUGUGAUUUUACCUGAUGUAACUUCAAUCUAACGUACAAGGUGUGUUAUGUCUGUAAUGAUUUGUAUAUAAUAUAACUUUGAUGAUAAUGUUGUAAGUAAAAUGUGAUAUAGCUGUUUUAUUGAAUUUUGUAUGUCUAUUCAAAUCAUAGACAUUUAUCUAUGCCAAUGUGGUUGACACUUGUUAAUACAAGCUAUGGAAGCACAGACAAGUGUUUAAACAAAGGUAAUGUCUUGAUAUUGUUUCCGUGAAAUCAUCAGACAUGCUGUUUAUAUCGAUUUCCUGUUUCAAUGAUGACAUCGAGGUAUCAAGGAUUCGAUUAUUCAGAACUUUAUGUCAAACAGGUCUAGUAAAUAUGAAAAGGAAAGGAAUAAGAAACAGUGCAUAUUUUUUUCAAUUAUUACGUUUAUAAAAAUGGCCAUGUAUAUCAUACAAUACUUCUUUUCUACCUUAUCUUACAAUUGUCAUGUGAUUUCUUACUGUGAUAACGCGGUUUUUUAUCGUUAAUUUAUAUUUAUUUACAUAGUAUAAGUUAUAUUACCAGGACGUGUGUCUCUUGACAACAAAUGUAUAUUGUUACAAAAACAGAUUUCAAAAUAUCAUGCAUCAUUUGAGAACUAUUUUGAAUAAAAUAA